UGCAGUUUGCGGACUAGCUUUGCACCUACUGCCUUUAACAUUACAUCCUCUAUAUAUUCAUGGUGAAAAUGCCAUGGUUUUGGGAAUUUCCCCAUCAUCUCCUUUGUCUGCAUAUUUAUCUCGUGGGGAUGUCAUUUUGUCGGUUGAUGGAGAAAACAUCUGUUCUCCUCUUGAGUUGAAAGAAAAAUUGGUACACCGAAAUGGUCAUGAUGGAAAGGGGUAUUGUGUAACCAAUGCUUUGCUAGAAGAGAGCAAGUCUGUUUCGGUGCUGGAUGGCAAUUUCUCUUGUUCAGAUGGCCAUGCUGCUUUCAGCGGCUUGCCAUGUGUUAAUUCUAGCUCUUCCUUUGAGAUCAGUUAUAAGGAACAUGGUGGCCACUUAAAAGAAAAUAAAUACUGCUUAAGCCCUGAAAAAGUUGUUAAACUUGGCAAAUGCGGAGAAGGAUGGGGAGUAACUGGAUCUCUCAAGAAGCUUUGCUCUUGUUCAGAGGUACAAAUCUAUUUAUUUACAGUGAUUAACACGCAUAGAAAAUGAAU